AUGGAGCAGCUCGCCCAGUUCGUCUCCAAGAGCUUCGACAACGCGGCGGCCGCGGUGGCGGCUGCGACGAGUGUCGAGGCUGCCGCCGGCUGCAGAGCGACUGCCGGCGGCAGGAUCACGCUCAGUGUCGCGCAUCUCAUCGGUGAUCACGUCGCGGACGAUGGUGACCGGCAUGAAGCGGCGCAAGAGACUACGGCUAGCGUCAUCGAGACGAGCGGAAGCGUCGAAGAACCGCCGUCGCCAGAAGGUCGGUUGCAACCGGAGGACCUCUCCGUCACGGCCAAGAUCAAGGACAUCCGGGACACCGCGGAGAACUUGCCACCCCUGAAGACACCCGAGCUGAAGCUAUCGGUUCGCAAACUGCUCGGAUGCACCCCCUCCCCACCGCCUAUAUCGAGGGAUCGAUCACCCAGCCCGGAAAAUUGCGUUGAAUUAAAAAGUCAAAACUCUAGUAAUGGCAAAACUCUUGUAUCCUCCAACGAUCAGGCCAAAGUGUCCUCGCAGGUUACAAGGUCGAGUGGACAGAGUCAAGAGGAUUCAGUUAAGGGCUCCAACUGUCGGAGCAACGGAAGCGGCAACGGCAAGCAGAGGAGAUCGCGGACGAACUUCACCAUUGAACAAUUGGCCGAGCUCGAGAGGCUCUUCGAUGAGACGCAUUAUCCUGACGCGUUUAUGAGGGAGGAGCUGAGCCAGCGACUAGGUCUCAGUGAAGCGCGGGUACAAGUCUGGUUCCAGAAUCGACGUGCCAAGUGUCGUAAACACGAGAGCCAAUUGCACAAAGGCGUCGCCGGGAGCAUGGUGCUGGCACCGCGCAGCCCGCCGACGACGUUGGAACCGUGUCGAGUUGCGCCUUACCUGCCAGCCCUCAGGUUACAUCCGCCGCCGAUGCAGGGAACGGCUACAAGUGUCACUGUAGGAUCGGCUUUCGACCCAGCGGUGCUGCACUACGCGGCAGCCGGGGGCCUCUUCUGUCUGCCACCACCACCGCCGCCGCCACCCCCGGCGCCGUCGGCUGGUCAUCCUCCUCAUCCGUUGAGCCUGGCGGCGUCGUUGGCCGCUGCAGCAGCUCGCUCGAAGAACAGCAGCAUUGCAGACCUUAGGCUGAAAGCGAGACGGCACCAGGAAGCCUUAGGGCUCGACAGGCCCGCGUAA